AUGGGUUGUAGGAAGGGGUCUUCAUUUAGGUGGUGUGAGAAACAGCAGGUUGUGAUCAACCGGUGGACUCGUGAUAUCGACAGGAAGAACAUGUCAGUGGACGUUCGACACCUUGCUCAUUCACAUGGGAAAUGCGAUAUCCAUCAAGUAAAUGUACAUGUUCUCUACUCCGAUCAACCUGUCAACCUUGCUAUCUGUUCGUACUAUACGUUGCCUCGAGUAGCCGAUAUGGACCCCGCUGUGCUCAUCAAUUUCGUGAUUGACAGGUUCCGCCUUCUGGUUCGUGAAGCACGCGUAAUCGACAGGGGGAGAGCGCAAGCGUUGCAACGUCGAACGGUUUCCUGCCCAGGUGGCCCCGGAGACACGGGAUCAACAAUAAUUCCCGCCAGCGCCGAGGUUGAGAGGAUAUGA